AUGAAAAUUUGCAUACGUUUAACUAGGUUAAAACUUCGGGAAAGCUCAAACAUUUGCUUUAAAUUUGUUAAUCUGCUCCUUGUUGGUAAGAAUACAAAAACAUUAAGCAUUAACUCUCUUUUAAGUUAA